GUACUCAAGGGAUUGAGUUAUUUACGUGACAAGCAUGCUAUUAUGCACCGAGAUGUAAAACCAAGUAAUAUAUUAGUUAAUAGCGCUGGAGAGAUUAAGAUUUGUGACUUUGGAGUCUCCGGACAAUUGAUUGAUUCCAUGGCUAACUCAUUUGUUGGUACCAGAAGUUAUAUGUCGCCAGAAAGGUUGCAAGGUACUCAUUAUUCUGUACAAAGUGACAUUUGGUCCCUUGGCCUGUCACUCGUUGAAAUGGCCAUUGGUAUGUAUCCAAUACCUCCUCCGGAUGCAAAAACUUUAGCUUCAAUUUUUGGCUCGCAAUUAUGCCAGACUCCUAAGGAAAACGCAGCGACAAAUAGUCUUUCCACCCCAAUGACGCAAUCACCAACUCACAUUCAUACUUCCGGUACUAUUGAUCCAGAGGUCGCUGCAAACACUGGUCUCGAAGAAUAA